AUGAUUUGGUAUAAACAGCUUGUUAUAUUCUUCUACUUUUUGAUAUUGUUAGUAGUAGCUGAACCUUCAACUACAUCAGAGUUACCAACACCUACACCCUCGACCUUAGUUGAUAUACUAUCAUCACAAGUGGAAUAUUCAUACUUCUUACGACAUCUACAACGCAAUGGAAUGAUACCUAUUAUCAACUCUUUGUCAAAUGUUACAUUAUUGGCCCCAGUAAAUCUGGCAUUUACCUCAGGCUUAGAUGAAGAUGUGGAUAAAGAGUUACCGCAUGAUAAUAACAUAUUAUUAAGAUACGUCAUAAACCAGAGAUUCCGAGUAGGAUACUUAGGUACUGAGAAAGUCAUUUAUAAUACGUUAUACGACGUAGAGGGAUCACCUUAUCCGGUUGUUAUAUCCCCUGACUUCGAGCAUGCUGAAUACAUUGUAGAUGAUACAGCAGCAAUAGUUGAGGUCGACAUUCAUGCUAAGCAUCAAGAUUCUUUUGUCCAAGGCAUUGAUUCAUUACUACCUUUGAAGCCAACCUUGUGUGAGCUUUUAUUUUCGGAUGAUGAUAAUGCAAAUUUGGGACCACAUCCGAUGUCAUUUAUGAGGCAACUCUUUCACCAGUUAUUUGAAGAUCAUGGCUCAAUGAGUGAAGCUGAUUACGAGAAUUAUAUUGAAAUUUCGGGAAAUGAAAGAAGAAGACUAUCUAAAUUGCCGCUGUCAUGUAAAGAAUUUAUGUCACGUACUAAGACCUUCUUGAUGUUAUCAGAUGCAUAUGUGGCCGAAUCCUUACCUGACAUAACUCGUCAGUAUUUGUUAUCAUUGAGUAAAAAUUCUAAUGGAAAGAAAUAUUCAAUGACAAAGGAAGCAGUGUUGGAAGUUAAGAAUGAUAUUGUUAACUUCUUGGAAAGCUUGAUGAUAGAUCAUUUGAUUGGAGGUGUGAAUGGGACUUCGAGAGAUUAUCUGAGCAUAAAUGGUAGAAGUGAAUUCAAUUUUUCUCUUGAAAAGGAUACCUGGCAGCUUUUGUUGAAUGACAGGAUACCUAGUUCAAUAAAUGCAUCAAACUUGGCAUUUUCUGAUGCUAUAUUACAUGUCUUUGACAUUCAGAACCAAACAUACCAUAAUUUUUUUCAGGAUUUGAACGUACCAUUGGUUAGAAUUCUGCCUCGAAAAGCUUUGUAUGCAAUGCAAUACUCUAAUUUUGUAAAAGAGUUGAAAUUUAGAUCCUUACACCACUUGAUAGAUGGAUCUACAAGUAAUCAAACUAUAUUGGUUGAAUCUUCUCAAAGAGAUCAAGUUGGUGAAAGCGAUUUUUCGCCAUCAGCUUAUGAUGGUUCACAUUUUAGUUAUAAGCAGAUAAUGUACUAUCAAUUUUCAGAUCAAAUGAUUGACAUUGAAAAUAUCACGGAAAGCUUGAGGUUUGAGAAUUUCUAUAGAUUGCUUGAUUCUAAAUUAUGCUCAAAAAGUAAGAUAGGGUCAUGUUUUAAAACAAAGUUUUCUGCCUCUUAUAAUACUGAUUUAAAGAAAAUUGAAGCUACAAUCAAUGAUGAUAUAAAUAUCGUGUUUCCUGGAGUGAAGACUGAGAAUGAUAACGUGAUAUAUAUAGCGGAGGAAGAUAUCAGUCCUCCUUUAUCAUUAAAGCAAUCGCUACUGAAAUUGUUGUCAAAUGGCGGCGUUAGUCGCCAUUUACAGAAUUUUGAGAUUGACAGAAGAAGCUUUUUGACUACCCUUAGAUAUUUGGAGCAGUUCGAUUUAUUAUCCUUAAUGGAAAACAAGAGGGGCUAUUCUAUAUUUUUGCCAUGUGGUUAUAUUGAACAAGAAAAAAAUAGCAACAUGUUCAGUAAAAAACGAAAAACCAGAGAGCCUUGGAAGUCUAUGGGUCUAAUAUUAAACUUUUUAGAGUCAAAUCCUGAAUACUUCAAGGACUUGCUUAGAGGGUUGUUUGUUGAGGAUACAAUAUAUUCUGAUUUUGGAAUGUACGAGCAACGUAACCAAACGACUUCUACUAACUUGAGAGGUGAUAGUGUUAACAUUGUCCACUCCCAUGUCGAUGAAAACUAUUACAACUUGCUUUCUUUGAAUAAUACAGAAUUAUUAAUACCUUUAAAUUCUGAUAUUUUAUUUAGCCAGGGCGUGAUUCACAUUAUCAACGAAGUGUUACUUCCUGAAUCUUUCCGCAUAUCUUUUUCCGAUUUAAUAAAGACAACUGAGGACCCCAACUAUCCAGACUUUUCAUUUCUAAAUUUGAUUGACACUUACCCGAAACUUUCUGAUGUAUUGGGCAUUUCAGAUGAGAAUAUUAAUCAUACCUAUUCUUUAUUAAUCCCGAGUGCAGAUUCCUUAAAGGACUUUAACAUCACUUCAGACUUUACUAAGUUAUGGGAUUUCCUUGAAUUUCAUUUGAUACCUAAUUCAGAACUUAAUGCAUUAGUCUCAUGUGUCAACGGUUUGAACCCAACCAAUGACUCAUUAGAUUUCGCUAACUUUGAGUACACUAUUAAAACCAACUUAUCAGAUACUACUUUAAGUUGUCGCAAAGACCACCUCAGAGAUAAGACAUUUUUAAGAUUAACGUCUACUGAUGCUGCAUCAAAAGAUUCUAAUUUUGAUAGCAUGUCUUAUAAUAAGGACCGCGAGGUUCAGAUUUUAUCACACGGUUGCACAUCUGUUUUUAACGACUCUUCAUUGGAUGCGGCCUGUGUCUUUUUGAUAGACAAACCAUUGAAUUUGAAAUGGCUUGAAGACCCAGAUAAGAAUACAUUUUUACAUAUCCACAUUGGUUUUAUAAGUGUUGGGGUAGGUAUAAUAUUAGGGCUAUUAUUAUUCGGUUUGGUCAUAUUCAGUGUCUUCGUGUUUAUUAGUCGUUCUAGAAUUGAUCAACCUCCACAAUUGUCAGCAAAUUCAAAUGAUUCGACGUUUGGAGGCAAUGAACUGACAUACAUGAGAAUUCAAACUGGCGAAAAUGAUAAUGCAUACGAUCAAGGCUACGAAACUGAUGAUGAUUUUAUACGAGCAGAAAGUGAUCACUUAUUACCAUUACAUGGUAAGAGGUCAAAACGUGUCAAAUAUGGUUCCAUUAAUAAUAAUGAAGUAACGGGUACAGCCCCUGUUUCUAUUAAAGGCAAUAAUAUUACUAAAUCAUUAAAUAGAGAAAGAAAUUUACCAGGGGGUUUCUAA